AUGGAUUCGCAAGAUCAGUCGAUUAGCGCAGAUGAAAUCGCGCUGUACGAUCGUCAAAUCCGACUUUGGGGCGUCAAGGCCCAGGAAAAACUGCGAUCCGCUAAUAUACUCCUGAUCACCUUCAAGGCUCUCGCAAACGAAGUUGCCAAAAACCUGGUAUUAGCAGGAAUCGGGAGCUUGACAAUAAUUGACGACGCGAUCGUUACCGAAGACGACCUCGGGGCGCAGUUUCUCUUAAACCAGGACUGUAUUGGCCAGAACCGGGCUCAGGCUGCAGCCCCAGCAGUUAGAGACUACAACAAACGGGUUAAAGUCUACGCAGAUGCCGAAGGCAUCUCGACCAAGCCGCCUGAAUUCUUUGGGCAGUUCGAUAUUACGAUUGCAACUGAGCUUGAUUUCGCCAUGUACAAUACCAUCAAUUCAGCCUGUCGUGUUGCCGGGCGUCCGUUCUACGCAGCUGGCCUGCAUGGAUUUUACGGCUUCGUUUUUGCCGAUCUCAUCGAACACGACUUCGUGAUCGAACGGUUCAAAUCAAACGUUCAGUCUCAACGUCAAGAGACGUCGACUCGAACUAUACUGAACAUCACGCCCAAAACGGAGAAUGAUAAAAUCGUUGAAAUGGUCACGAAAAGGGAGAAAUACCACCCUCUUCUCCUGGCAAACACGUCACCGCUUCCCGAUGAAUUUACCCGACCCCGCCGCAGAAAGCAAGUGACGCCACUUUUGAGUUGUCUACGAGCUCUCUGGGAGUUUCAAAAACUCAGCCAGGGCAGGCUGCCGAAUCUUUCUCAUCAAGAUCUCGAAUUAUUCACGAAGUUAGCUGGGGUUGCGCAUCAGGAACUCAAGCUUGAUAUGAGCACACUUGAUUCGGAAUUUUUGCGAAAAUUCCUCCAGAACCUGGGGAGUGAAUUAAGUCCAACAGCCAGCUUUGUAGGAGGCCGCUUGGCCCAGGACGUAAUAAACGUUCUGAGCGCCCGAGAGCAGCCUAUCCAAAAUCUACAACUGUUUGAUGGCGAGAAGAUUGACGCCCCUGUCUAUUCGCUGCACCCUUUCUUCCCAAUCGAUAUGGCAAAUUCCAUGGCAGCCGUUCCUCCUGCUGCAAACCCGAUCCCACUGAAUGGUCAGCCGGGCGUAGGAAAUGGCCACCCGCCCGUUGGACUGUCGUAG